GAGAGACGGACAGGAAGAGGGCCAGGGGGGACGCCAGAACCCGGGACCACAGCACGGAAACGGCCCGGGGCCGAGCUGCAGUCAGAUCCGGGGAUGGAGGGAGCCGGAGGAGAGCAGUGAGGAGGCCGAGGAGGCAGGCCCUGCUGCCCUCCUGGAGGCUGGCAGCCUGCUGUGGCAGUGGAGGACCAGGCCGCCCAGAGAGGGACGGGGUCAGGAGGUCGGGCCCGGCCUUAGCAGGCUCAGACAAGGCCCAAGAAGGCAGCCCCAGGCCCUCUGAGUUCAGGGCCCAGGCCUGGUUCGCUUGUCCAAAGGGGGCCUAGGCCAAGCCUCUAGUGGAGACACUGAGUCAGGGCCAGAGCCAGGCCUCAGGCACGGCCUCGACGCUUGUGAGCCAAGUUAGGGGUAGGGAGCAAGGGCCCUUCGGGGUCUCAGAGACUAAGGCGGGUAGGGGGCUUCAGGGCCUCCCAGUCCAUAGCCGGAUUGGCGAGUUAGACGCUUGUAGAUCCAAGGUUGGAUUGGGGUGGGGUCUCUGGGUCGUUGGCUUGCAGUGCAAGGAUUGGGGGGAUUCAAGUGCUUAGAGAUCGAAGGCAGGCCUUGGGUAGGGGGAGUCAGACAAUUGGAAAGCCUAGGCAGUUAUUUGGGGAGGGGUCUUUGCGCUUGGGCGAAGCGCAAAGCUGCAUCUGCUUGGCUGGAGGCCUGCGGCCUCGUCCAGGGAGGCUUCUGUGCAGGGUGGGCCGACUAGGCCAGGCUAAGGGGAAGAAAGUGAAUCAAUCAGGAGCAUAAGUGGGCGGGGGGCCCCUGAGAGGGGGGUCACAAAAGGUGAGCCAUGGCCACCAGGCGUUUAACCGACGCUUUCUUGUUGUUGCGGAAUAAUUCCAUCCAAAACCGGCAGCUGUUAGCCGAGCAAGUGAGUAGUCACACCACCUCCAGCCCUCUGCAUUCACGUAGCAUUGCUGCGGAGCUGGAUGAGCUUGCUGACGACCGUAUGGCUCUGGUGUCAGGCAUUAGCUUAGAUCCAGAAGCAGCAAUUGGCGUGACAAAACGGUCACCUCCGAAAUGGGUGGAUGGAGUGGAUGAAAUACAAUACGAUGUUGGCCGGAUUAAACAGAAGAUGAAGGAAUUAGCCAGCCUUCAUGACCAGCAUUUGAACAGACCAACCCUGGAUGACAGCAGUGAGCAGGAGCACGCCAUUGAAAUAACUACCCAAGAGAUCACUCAGCUCUUCCACAGAUGCCAGCGUGCAGUGCAGGCUCUGCCCAGCCGGGCCCGCCGGGCCUGCUCCGAGCAGGAAGAGCGGCUCCUUCGCAACGUGGUGGCCUCCCUGGCACAGGCUCUGCAGGAGCUGUCCACCAGCUUCCGGCACGCACAGUCAGGCUACCUUAAACGCGUGAAGAAUCGAGAGGAAAGAUCUCAGCAUUUUUUUGAUACAUCAGUACCACUAAUGGAUGAUGGAGACGAUAAUACUCUUUAUGAUCGGGGUUUUACAGGUGACCAGUUAGUGCUGGUGGAGCAGAAUACACUGAUGGUGGAGGAGAGGGAGCGGGAGAUCCGCCAGAUUGUACAGUCUAUUUCUGACCUAAAUGAAAUCUUUAGGGACUUAGGAGCAAUGAUUGUAGAACAGGGUACAGUCCUUGAUAGAAUUGACUAUAAUGUUGAACAGUCCUGUAUCAAAACUGAAGAUGGCUUGAAACAGCUUCACAAGGCAGAGCAGUAUCAAAAGAAGAAUCGGAAGAUGCUUGUGAUUUUAGUAUUAUUUGUCAUCAUCAUUGUCCUCACUGUUGUCCUCGUCAGCGUGAAGUCUCACUGAGCGGCGUUGGGUCUGUGUGUGUGGCAUGCGUGGAUUCCCGGUGUGAGGGGCGUGGCCGAGCUCCGUGGGCUGCCUGCAGAGGUACAGCCCCAUGCAUCCACCUUGGGGCAGCGAGCGUUUCCAUGGACUCCUCGUCACACUCGUGCUCGAGCAAGGGGAUGGGCUUCUGUUGUUCCUUCACUGUCAAGAGUCUAAUACUGCUGAUACUGCUGCAGAAUAGAGAUUGAGUUCUGUCAUUAGUUAUAUAUUUUUUUUAGAAAGAGAAAAUGAGUUGAACGUUUACAGGCACUCCACAAGCUGUUCAAUAUUAUAUGUGUAUAUGCUAUUUUUUUAGCAGUCAUGUCUGAGCAGCAUGUUAAAAAAACUUUUGGAAAAAUUUUUUUUAAACCAUCUGGUUUUUAAGAAAUUUGGUACCAAAAAUUUAUGAGUAGAGGCAAAAAUGCCUCUUCAUCUUUCUUUAUAUAUUUUCCAGUUGAAAACAAACUAAGCAGUCCUUUAAGAAUUUAUAAUCCAUUCCCCAUUAACUUAAUUUAGCUUUUCCAUCACUGUUAAUGAUCAGAGUAACAAAGUGUGAAAAAUAAGAAACCAUCAUUGAUGUUAAUUAACACAUUUAGAUGGGCCAGUUAAAACAGCUUCAUAAGUUUAAAUUAAUGGUAAAUGGAGUAUUCCUCAUCUAAAAUGUGUGCACUGCAUUUUCUACUCUCAACCAAAAGGGUUAUAGAGCAAAGCCACCUAAAUUUAAAAGUUCGUGAUUUGAACUAACCUCACAUUAAACGGAAACUUACCAGUGUCAUAAGAGUCACCAGAAUCAGCCAGUGUGUCCCUGUGCGCGUCCCCAGCCAUCCUUGCUCAGUUCGUUCUUUAUGUACUAACUACAUAAUGACCUGUUCAAACCAGCACCAUUUAAUGAACUGUGAAUUUACACAGAGGCCAUUCUAAAUGGGUCACCCCAUUUAGAACUAGUGGAUCUCAAAUUAUUAACCAAACAUCACUCCAUUUCAAAGUAAAAUAUUCCACCAGUGGUUUGAUUUAUUGGCUCUUCCAUUGCCGCUUAACAUGCCCAGAAAGUUGGCAUAUUCCUGCAGAUUGUGAAAAUCUUGACUAGGAAAUCCCUCGUUUGUGUGAGCGUGAAUCAGAUCGCCAAAGUAGGACUUUGUCGUUUACUUGCUAUUAUCAAUAUGGUGCUCGAAUAUAUUCCUGGAACUGUAGAAUAAUGUGGAAAGUGAUGAUAACUUUGAAAAUUGAAGUUGUUCAUGUUUUAAUUGGUCUUGAGACACGAGUAUAGUUUUAAUGAUCUUUGUAUAAUUUUCAAUGGCUUUUCCGUUGUUUUUACCUCUCUUAAAAAAUUUAAGAGCAUGACCUCAUUAAAUAUGCUACAUUUUAUUUGGACCAGUCACAUAAAAUGUCUCUCGAGAACUGACUUUGAAGUUGUUUCCAGAAAUUUAAACUCAAGUCCAGAGAUUCACGUUAUCCAAACAGAUCAUGGGCUUAAUACCCAAACCCUUGCCCCAGCCUUCCCUUCCCGGGUUGUUUACGACAUCAGGCAGCCACUGGUAUUCGCAUUACUGAUGUGGCUAUCCAGUGAUCUCAAAGUGUCCCUGGCAUUUGAGGAAAUAGCAUGGUAUUCCCUAACAAACAAUUAUUUCUUAGGAAAAAAGGUCAGGGAGUAAGAAUCCAGCACCUUGAUCACCCCUGAAACGUGGAGCUCUUACAGGUCUCGAGAGCAGCUGUAGGCAUCCUUUAGUCCCAGCAGAUGUUAAGCCAGUGCUGGAGUA